AUGGCAACAACAGUUCCGGACGCUGCCAUGGGCGCUUCGGAGGCCGCUGGCCUUGCCGCCCAUGAACCCAUCUUCGCACAUCGGUUGACAAUAUUGACCCGUCUUCGAUUCUUCUUCAAGAUAUGGUACAUAAAAUUACGUGUUGGAUUUUUCUUCCGCUUGAUGCGCCUGAUCAGGGCCGCGAAACUGAGAAAGCUUCUCCCGACCUACACAAAGUACUACCCAGAGCGUCCUAGGCUGGAGAAUCGCGUGUUCCUCCCAUCGAAUGCACCGCCUGGGGCCAAAUUUCCGCUGUUGAUGGUCAUCCACGGCGGUGGUUUCGCAUUUGCAGAUCCCCAGAUGGACGAUGCAUUCAAUAGACGCUUCGCCAACGAGUAUAACUUUGUCGUAGUGAGUCUCAACUAUCGCAAAGCCCCGAUAAAUCCAUUCCCGGCCUGCGUGCAUGACACUGCCGAGAUCGCACGCGCUGUCCUGGCCGAUAUGACUCUGCCCGUCGACUACAGCAAAGUCGCGAUCGGAGGAUUCUCUGCGGGCGGAAACCUUGCGCUCGCCAUCGCACAGCUUCCGGGAAUCAAGGAGAAUGUGCACGCGAUCGUGCCACUCUAUCCGGUCGUCGACUUCACGGGGAAAUACAAGGGCCCCUUCCGCACGACCAAGGACGGCAAGCCCGAUAUGUUGAAAAACCUAGCCCCGGUCCUGGACUGGGCGUAUAUCCCUGCGGAUCAGGAUCUGUCAGAUCCGCUGCUCAGCCCUAUCUGCGCAAAUAGAGAACAGCUUCCACAGCGCAUCUUCUUCAUUGGCGCUGAGUGCGAUUUCUUGUGCCAUGAGGCUGAGAUCAUGGCGAAGAAACUCGCGGGUGUCGAGGAGAAAGAGGACACUGGUCCAGGUUGGGAGGAAAAUGGGAUUAAAUGGAAAAUGGUCCCAGAUGUUACGCACGGGUGGACCCAUGUCGAGCAGAGCGGCGAUGCAGAGGUUGAGAGGCAGAAGGGUCUUGAUGCUCUGUAUAAGGAGAUUGCGGCAUGGUUGAAACAGUGA